CACCUCCCCGCCACGGGUCCCCCCGGCGCCAAAGGGAGCCCGGUCCCCCCGGAGCGGCCCCGGGGGGCAGCACGGCAGCGGCACAGGCUCGGUGAUCGGGACGGGCGAGGGGUCCGUCCCCACAGGGACGGGACGGGUGAUCGGCCCGGGACGGCCGGGCUGGUGUAGGGGGUCGCUCUUUGCCAUCGCUCGGUCCUCACGGAGCAGCGGCCGGGGCGGCGAGGAAAGCGAGGGGGCUCUCUGCCCGCAUCCCGCAUCCCGGCGCGGGGCGGCCGCGCAACCCCCGGCCCGGAGCCCGGGAGGAGAAAGGAGCACCGAGCGCGGCAGCGGCUCCCGGCGUUUGCUGGGGUGGGCAGGGAAGCAGAGAGCGGGAGUCGCGGCAGCGGCUGGGAAACGGGGAUCCGCUCCUCCGAAACCCUGGGGGCGAAGGUUCCCCCAGCUGAAAGGGGUCUUGAGGGGAAGGGGAGAUUCAAUGUAGACGAAUUUUGGCAGUUUUGUUGAAAUAAUCAAGUGCCGAAGGCAAAUCUUAGGCAGAUAAGAUAGAGGGAUGGAUCCCGCUGUUUUGGAUGCCGGCUUGAAUUUUUUAUUUACUUUUCUGUUUGACCACUGCUAAAUGUGGAUUUUGUGAGCGAACCCGAUGGCGCUUGUUCCAUUGUUCCUUUUUUGAACAUAAAUCUUAGUCCUGCUUGUGGAUUUUUUUUUUUAAUUUAUUUUUUAAAAGGACCUUUCCAAGUAGCUUUCACGUCUGACAAAAUGAAGCCUUUGUAUUUUUCAAUCAAUUAUACCUAAUAUUGACAUCCUGUUUGGUACAAGAGACUUAAAGUGCUGCCUCACUCAGAGGACCAUUAAAGACUUUCCUGGUCUCUACAUGUAGCUGAAUGUGUUACGACACAUCCUUUCUGCCCCCCAAAACCUCCCGAAAGAUUUUUCCAAAAUGAAGAAAUUUAAUUUUCGCAAAGUUUUGGAUGGUUUAACUGCCUCAUCCCCCGGUGGAAGCAGUGGUGGUGGCAGUGGCAGUGGAAGUGGGGCUGGUGGUGGCUCCGUGCACCCAGGAGGGACUGCAGGAGCUGCAGGGACACCCAGAGAGGAGAUCCAGGAGACGCUCACUUCAGAUUAUUUUCAGAUUUGUAAGACGGUUCGCCAUGGUUUCCCUUAUCUACCCACUGCCUUAGCUUUUGACCCAGUUCAGAAAAUUCUGGCAAUUGGAACAAGAACAGGAGCCAUACGAAUAUUGGGCAGGCCUGGUGUUGAUUGCUACUGCCAACAUGAAAGCGGUGCUGCAGUUCUGCAGCUCCAGUUCUUAAUCAAUGAGGGUGCUUUGGUCAGUGCAUGUGCAGAUGAUGCACUUCAUUUGUGGAAUCUCCGACAGAAACGACCAGCUAUCCUACAUUCUCUGAAAUUUAACAGAGAAAG